CUUGUGGAAGCAACAUUUACAUGUAGAAUUCACCUGAGGUGCCGGCUCGCCCAGUUCAGGACAAGACAUUUACAAUCUUCAACGGGCGCACGCUCCAACGGUCCUCCCGACAUGAAACUAUCCCACUUAUAGCUAUAGCCGCAAGAAAGGAUGUCCGACCACGGUGGGGCGACCUCGGGCCAACCCAGCGUGGACAAACUUGCCCGUAUCAGCGAGGAGCUAGGUUGCCCAAUUUGUUUGGAGCCCGCGCAGCUGCCCGUCAACUUUCUCUGCUUUAAGGGAUGCGGAGGGCGGUUCUCAGCGGGCAGUACCUGCCUCCGAAGCGUGCUGUGCAUGCACUGCGCCAACGACGCGCUACAGCUAGGCCGCCAGCCGCACGAGCGCUUCCGCGAUGCCGUGCCAACGCCCGGCGCCGUACACUGCCUCAUCUGCCGCGAGACGCGGGUGGACUGCCGGCUGCAGACCCCCGAGUCCGCCUACCUAAUCAACCACGCGCUGAUGGCGGUGAUGGACGUGCUCGGCAUGGGCGGCCACUGCAGGGCGUGCGACGAGGAGUGCGGCUCGCAGGCCGCACUGCUGCAGCACUACCUGAAGCGCUGCCCACACGCAGUGGUUCGCUGCCGCUUCCGCGGCUGUAGCGGCUGGCACCGCCGCUCCGAAGCGCAGGCACACGAGGACACCUGCCCCAUCGGCCGGGCCGCCUGCAGCCAGUGCGGCACGUGGGUGGACCGGCAAGACGUGCUGCGACACAUGGUCACCACAUGCCGCAUGCGGGUCGUGAACUGCGUGCUGUGCAAGCACUCGUGCCGCCUGCCCGACAUGCUGCGCCACCUGCGCGAGCACCAGCACCAGCUGGCAGCCACGUCGCACUCGGCGACCGUGGGGGCCACUGGUGCUGCAGCGGCAGGAGCGGCGUGGCAGCGAUUGCAGAAGCCGGGAGAUCCAGGGCCUUCUGCGAAUGGGGCUGAAGCAGGGGAGGUGCGCUUGUUGAGUGGAGGGGCUGCGGCGGCCGUGGCGGUGGCAACGGCUGCGGCGGCAGCGGGCCAGGGUCUGCCGCGCGUGCGGAGCGUGGAGGACGCUGUUGCAGAGGCGGCAGCUGCCCUUGCAGCCAUACAGCACCAGCAGCUGUUGCAGGAAGCCUCGGCGGCUACAGGAGCAGGCGAGCGCGGCGUAGACGAGGUCCGUGGAGGCAGCGGCACGCAGCAGGGGCGCGAAGCAGGGGAUGCCGCUGGAGCAGUAGCAGGGGACUUUGGCAUGGAUCGUGGCAGUGGCAGUAGCACGGGCAGCGCUGACAGCGGCCGUGGCGACCGUUUGGCUGCCGCAGCGGCUGUGACGGCACCGCCGCCACCGCUGUCAAGUGCACCCCUGCAAGGGCAGCAGCAGGAGCAACAUCCACAGCAGCAGCAGGAGCGGUCGGAGCUCAGCCCGCAGCAGGAUAUGCAGGGAUCACCUCAGUUGCAGCAAUUUACGACACAGGAGGUGCAGCAGCAAGCGCAGCAAUUGCUGGAGCAGCUUUUGCGGCGACAGCAGCGGCGGCUGCAGGAGCGUGCGCAAGACCGCCACGUGCAACAGCAAGCGCAGCCGCCUGGAGGCGGCAGCGGGGCGCCUGCGGGGCCGCAGUGGGGCAACGGCGUUCCGCAUCAACACCAGCAACCAGGCACAGACUGGCAGCGCGGCAACCACGGCUACAACGCGGCCGCAACGGCUCUGGUCCCCGGCCACCAGACACCAUCCUUGUUUCACCAGCAGCAUCAUUACCUACAGCAACAGCUGCAGCUGCAACUUCAGUUGCAGCAACAGCGGCACGUGCAACUGCAGGCAAAUCCGGCCACAGGGUCCGGCCUUCCUGGUCCUAUGGCUGCCUCUCUGGCCAUGCACCUCGUGAGACAAGGGGCCGGCGGCAGUGGCCUUGGCACUGCCGGCUCUGCCACGGCGUCGGCCGCUGUGGAGGCAUCAAGCGCUCUGGUGCCCCCACGCACCGCGAGCGCGGGCGGCAUCGAUGUGCCAGGAGGUGGCGGCACUCAGGGCUGGCCUCAACCACAAAACGGGCUGCCAGGCGUGGAUGCUCCUCAGGUGGACACCGGUCCGGCGCCUUGGCUCCCCUACGCAGCCACGCGUGCGACCGUGAUGGGCCUUUCCUCGACACCCGACACGUACCCGCUGCAGCAGCCGCACAGCCAGCCGCCCAUCGCUGGUGCACACCCGGUGCCGGCCCAGUCAUUGCAGCAGCAGUCGCAGACGCAGGCAGCUGCUGCUGGCGGCAGCGGCCACUCUGGCCAGGGCGCCUCGCAGGCCACCAGGCUUGGUGCUGUGGCCUCCCGCACGCACGUUCCGGCCACUGCCGCUGCCAGCGCGGUCGCGCCAGCGCCGGCGCCACGGGCAAGCACCGACCUGCCUGCCAUACCCGGUGAGCUGCAGCUAGCAAACACGUCCGCACCGGGCCCUGACGAGGCCUUCGCUGGCCCUACCGUCGUGAGCGGAGGCGUGGCAUUGCCUCGCCCGCCCGUUGCGGCGGACGCCAGGUCUGCGGGCAGCUACCGCAACCUCAACGCCGCUCUGGCAGCCGCCUCCGCGAGGCCCGGCACAGCAGAGGCGCGGGCGCUGGAGGCAGCCGUGACGGGCGCGAGCGCAAGUGCACACGCACGCCUCCAAAACCGCGCGAUGGGCGGCGCCGGCAGCAGCAGCAGCAGCACGGAGACGAACACCUUAGACAGGCUCCGACGGCGGGCGGCGUUUUGGGACUCAGCACCGUACUCGCUUCCGCAGCCUCAGCAGCAAGGCGCUGCUUCCACGGCCCGGUCUACCGCCGCUGCAGCGGCUGCGGGCGGCCUCAACGCUGCCGGCACCUGGGCUGGCGGCGACGCGCUGCGCGGUCUGAUGGGUGUGGAGGGCGAGGACCCGAUCGCAAACGCGGUGGCGGCCGCCGCGGCCUUCGCCGCAGCCAUGGGACCCGGCACGGCAAGAGGCGGCGACACCGGUAGUGGCCGGGAUCUGCUGGGCAGUGGCAGAGGGCGUGCCUCCAGCGGCGGUUUCCGCGGGGGCAGUGGGCCGCCGUCGUCGACGGGGCGCGAUGCCGGAGCGGGGGUCGGAAUUGGCAUGGCCGGCGCCUUGGGCUCCAACCUGUAUGCUGCGGCGGCGGCGCAAGCGGCUCAGGCUGUUCAGGCGAUGCAGGCGGCGUUGGCGGCGCAAGCGCAGGCAGAGGAGGAGUCUGAGGACGAGGAGGCGAGGCUGCUGCGCACGGCGGCAGCGAUUGUGCGUGUGAGCGCUGCCAAUGCGGAGGAGCGGCGGAGUGCACGGCAGCAGCAGGCCAUGAUUGGAAGCCCUGCCCGUCCGUCGUCAACUGCCCAUGCGCGCUUUGUGGCGCCGCAGCUGCACCCCGCCAUGCGGCAGUCCGGGCCCAGUGCCCCGAUAGCCGCCUCAAGCGAUGCAGCUGCAGCCACUGGCGGCAUCUCCGCGCCCCUGCCGGUUCUGGCGGCUGUGCGCACGGGCACAGGACCCGCAGAUGCCGCGGCGGCACCUGCCCAGCCGUCCGUUUCACCCGUUCGGCGAGUGGCCCUGAUGGCGGCAGGGAGCGGCACACCAGCGGCGGUGCAACCAGCGACGCCCAUCCGCCGCUCGUUCAGCGACACAGAGCUUGUUUGGGAGCCUUACGUCUUGGAGGAGUUGGUACGGACAGCCAGCACCGCGGGCGAGUGGGGCGCAGGGCGUGUGUCCGCGAGUGGAAUGUAAACGGAUGGCCCUGGGCACUGUAAAAAGAUACGUGGUUUCCUUCGCAUGGGAAACAGUUGCUAUGUUGUUCAAUGCAUCAGUGCAUGCCGCUGUUGCAUGCCAAGCUACAUGGCGCGACCAAGUACUAAUGCAUGGGCAUAUGCGUGGCCGAGGGCUCGAAAGGUAGUCUGUGAUGCUUGAGGUGGCGCUGCAGGGCCCGUUAGGAAGACAUGCGUAGAUAGGGUCUGAGGAUUGGGCGUAUACCAGUAACGCUUAUGGAAUGCAAAGAUCAAAGUAGCUACGGAUGUGCAUCACUUCAGUCGGGCAUGUGUCACGCAUUGGGUUGUGUGUUCUGCAUGACGUAAGCUAUUAGCGGGUCGUGGUGGUUACUGUAGUACUGUGCAUGUGGUCAGGCUGUAUGGACUGCACAAAGACCCCAUUAUACCUCCAUGCCUAAGCACUUAUUAUACAUACACAUGGCUGGUGGCGCCUUGGUAGACUUUCAUUAUAGGUGGACCAGCAGUGAUGUGAUGUCCAUGAGGGUGAUCAAUGAGCUACCUCACAUGGGCACCCCAGCUAUCAUACCGUCACAGUAUCCGGAUAGGGACAUAGGGUCGGCCCUUAAGUGCACAGACAGUGAUAAGAUCCGUCGGUAUGCAGCGUUGGAAUAGAUUACAAUGAAGCCCCUUGUUGCGGUGUCACGCGACAUAAUGCGUGCAAGCACGCAAGAGAUCUCUGAUGCCGGGGACGCAUCAUACGCUGACUGCCCACAGGCUAAGUGGCCUUACUGAUGCUUGCUUACAAUGCCGAACAAAUUCGUAGUCAAUACCUGUAACUCCAAAAGCAG